UCUGUGCCAAAUGGAGAUGUUUAUAUCACCGAGACUAUUUCAAUUUGUAAACAGUUCGAUUUUUUUUCUUUUGAUAUCUCACCCAAAUACGUAUAAAGGAAGAACGCUUUUUAAUGCCCAAAUAGCUUCAACUCAAAAGCAAAUAAGCGAAAUUGGAUUCAGACGAGCUGAAAAAAGGUAAAAGGUAAAGAAAAUGACGAGGUUUGCGGCUGUAAUCCGGACAAAUAUGACACCGACAAAGUGUCCGGAAAACUUUCUAAAGUCCUUCUCCGACUACCUUUCAAAGGAGUUUAAAAUUUGCAAAGAGAACGUUAUUCUCGAACUUCACACCAAUGUUACAUUGCUCCGAGGUGGUAGCUUUGAAAACGCCAUGAAUAUUGAUAUCCAUCAUAACUCGGACAAGGUCACCAAAUGUACCAAAAAGAGUGUUGCCGAGGAAAUCGCCGAUUUCAUACAUGGUGAACUGGAUAUUGCUAAAGACAGAGUUCUUGUCUUGUUCUUCGAUACAAGGAGAUGCACGUGAUGUUCUGCGGAGAAGGGGAGCAACCAUGACUGGACCAUUGAUCUAAAGUCUCCGGGAUUGUCUCCCGUAGUGCAAAAAAAGACUAGACUAAUUAUAAUUAUUUAUACUGAGUGUUCUUUUUCUAACUGCCAUAGCUGUAUAAAUUACGAUUUUUAUAUAAAUAUAUUCAAUGCUACAUUAUGUGUGAAUUUAAUUACAUGUAUAUCAACA